AUGGAUAACGAAGACUAGGUUAAAUAAACUAGUGUCAUUAAUUUUCACUAUAAUUAAGGUAUUAAAAAACUAUAAAUUACAAAAUCAUAUCCAAUUGAAAAAAGCGGUUUUAAAGCAAACAAAACCAGAAGCAAACCUCUAGUAUUGGAUUUAUUUCAUAGCAUAAAAUAGGGGUAGGACAAUAAACUUUAUGAUAUCUUGGAUGUUAAUCAAUAUAUGUCAUUGAAAGAUUAAUAAUAGUCUCAAAAUGUUCCCAAAUCAUUAAGAUGCAAAUGCAAUAAAUCUAUGUGUUUGAAAUAAUAUUGUGAUUGUUUUGCCAAUGGAAAUAUGUGCACCAAUCAAUGUUAGUGUUAAGGUUGUCACAAUAGCGAAGAAUAUAUGGAAGAAAGAGAAGAAGCCAUUAGUAAGCUGAAAAUACAAAAUACAUCUUUUGAAAAAGAAGCUCCAAUAGGAAUAAGUUGUAAAUGUAAAAAGUCUAAAUGCACAAAGAAAUAUUGUGAUUGUUACUAAAAUAAACAAAAAUGUAAUGAUAAUUGUUAAUGCAAUAAUUGUGAAAACUAAUUAGAAAAGGUUGAAUACAUAGAACAAAGAUUAAAUCCACAUUCACAAUCGUAAUUUGAUGAGAAUAGCAGAUAUCCCAAGUCUCCAAUUAUCUCCAGAGGAUAAUAUUUAUUUAGAAGAAAUGACAGCAUGAAUUAUUCAAAUUCUUUUGGUUAUUCAAGAAAAAUUUUAAUUCAAUAAGAAGGCCCAUAUUAUUUAAAGCAAGAUUCUUAAGGAUUUAAUUGA